AUGGAUGGCUUCGAGAAGCCGCAGUCCUACAUUAAUUGGACAACAACUCAGGUCAUAUCUUGGCUCUCCGGCCUGGAUGAUGCUUUAGAACCCUAUCUGUCACCCUUUAGUUCGAAAAAUAUAAGUGGCAAAUGGUUAAGUUCACUAACAGCUGAUGUUUUGGGGAAGUAUGGAGUUCAAAAGAUUGGCCAUCAAAUGAUUAUCAUGGAGAAGGUCAAACAGCUUCAAUACCAAUUUUCAUCAUUUGAUAAUGAAACAUUGCAAUCAGUUUUAUUACGUGUCUCACGUUCCUGUGUUUGUAUCGUCAGUGCCAUAAACUCUCUCAUGGCUAUAACUAAAAGACAAGAUGCGGAUAGUCCUUAUCCAGGGAUACUUUCAGAUAUUCAAGGAGCUGUAUCUUACGUCCUUAACUGUAUACUGAACUUGAUGUCUACUAUAGGUAACGCCGCAUCUUGGCUAGAACGACCUCCUUUUUCUCUUCUACCUGACAUGAUGGUUUUCCGACAGUUUCUUGUUGAAAACGCCAUAAUCACUAACAGAUUGGCUCAACAGGCCAUUACCACUCAAUGUAAUGAACAUUUUAAGGAAGUAAUAGACUAUAUUGAACCUAUGAGGAGUCGUGUGGAAGAUGUACUUCAGAAUUGUGGCGACUCCAUUCUAUUGACACCCUGCGGCCUGGAAGUUGUACAAAUACGGAAACUAGACUCAGCUGAUUUUGGUUUUAACUUCCGAUCCACAAUCAACAACGUCCAUGUAAUAGUCUCUGUUCAGGAUGAGUCUCCAGCAUUCUGUACGGGAAAAGUUAAUAAAGGCGACGAAGUAAUUGAGGUGAAUGAACAAAUAGUUAUUGGUUGGCUUCACUAUCGUGUUGCUGAUUUAAUGAGGCAUUCUUCACAGCAUAUCAGUCUGCGCCUACGGAAACGACCCACACAUUCCAAUGAUUUUAUUGGCUUUCCUGGAGCUGGUCGGCGUCAUCGUUUAAUGGUCAAUCAGAUACCACCUGCUGGGAGCUUGUCUCAAACACGAGGUGCAUAUAUAUUUGCACGCAACCCGAAGCGUCGGUUGCCACUUACUGGCCCACUUUCUACUGAACCCCUUGCUGUCACUCAGGAAAUCACUUCUGAUCAGGCAUCUGUUUCUUCACCUACAUCAACCUCUCCUCCAGAGUCUCAGUCUAUAGUUAGUGCGUCUGGAUUGUUUUCUUCUUCACCAACUUCAUCUUUAUCCGUACAUCGAGGGGCGUCUAUAAAAAUAAUGAGUGGUGAUUCUUGUAAUUUGGAUAAUUCUGUUCAGAUAUCAUCCAGACAGAAUUCUAGCAAUGAAUCAGUAAUGUACAGUAACUCAAGACUUAUCGCUAGUACACCAAAUACUCCACUAAUGGCUUUGAGAUCAGUGGAUUCUACAGGUUCUCAUUCUUCAUUGUCAUUUUCACCACAUCUUCCACCUGCAUAUCCUGGUGUUAUGAAUUUAGAAAAUGGACUAACUGAUUCAAAUGUAAUCUCAUCUGAUAUAACCUAUUCAAAGAAAUAUAAGUCUGUCAGUACUUCUUCACAUAUUCGGUCCACUUCAUGUUCAUCGAAUAAAUCUGUACUACCCCGCUUUUCCUUGACACAUCGACGUACUGCUUCAGGUGAUCCAAAACUUUUAAGCAAAAUGUCUAGUCGUAAUAGUGAAGAUAUUCCAUCUCAGAACAAGCAAAGUCCAUCGUCUUCUCCUCGUCACUACAACAGUUCCUCUUCGAAAUUUAGUGCUUUAGAUAAACGACAUAGAAAUCUCCAUCGUGCCAGUCUUGAUGAUUUUGUGUUUUUCUUGAAACAUGGGUUGGGAACAAAGAAGCCAACUCGACGUAUUUCUUGCAAGGAUCUUGGACAAGGUGAUUGUCAAGGUUGGCUGUGGUUAAAGAAAACAAAUACAUUGACUAGUAAAUACGUGAAAAGAUGGUGUGUUUACAAAAAUUCAACAUUCUACUACUAUAGAAAUCCUAAUGAUGAUUCAGCUGAAGGUUUAAUUCUACUUCAUGGUUUUACCAUCACUCCUGCAGUCUCAGUAAAAUCUGGAAAAUUUGCAUUUUUCAUUUUUAAUGACUGGGUUCGCUUUGUAUUUGCCUCGGACUCUGAACUCGAUCGAUCCAAGUGGAUGAAUAAGUUGGGCUUAGCUUCAAUCGGAUUAUCAUCCUGCGUGCCAACUUCUCGUAUCGGUGGUUUCAAUCCUGGCUAUUUGGUUUCUCAUGGCACUAAAAAUGGUGAAGUAAAGUCUGAGGUUUCUGUUCUUCAAUCAGCUAUAUUGGAUUCCCCUGUAUUGACUGUGCAAGGGACUAAUAUAACUGGAUCCAGAUCUCAGCCGUUAUCUGGUUCUAGGAAGACGGGUUCUGCAGAGAUCACUGCAGUAACAACAGUUCCUCAGCCUCUUAUUUCUCUGGUAAACUCUCAGCGGGCAUUAUCUCCUUCAAAACAUGAACCAAUACAUUUGAACUCAUCUCCAUCAUUUUCUGUUUCGGAUUUACGUUCUAGUUCAUUACCAUCUGAAGCACAUGCUAUUUACCCCAUGGUUUUCCCUCGGAAUAGUGCUCUUCCACCCUCAGUUGGACAGUCGUCAUCUCCUGCACGUACUAGAAGUGGACAACGUCAACCUAUUGAUAUAACUUCAGCCGCAUUUCGAUGUUAUAGUGAAAGCGAAGAUGAGGCAGAGGAAGAAAUUGAAGCUGAAUGCGAUGUUGAUGACAGUAUUGAUUACAGUUGUCUUCCUGGGGAUAGUUCCCGCCUGGACCUUCGAAAUCGACCAGGCUCUGCAUCCCCUUUGCAAGGUCUCAGACUAUCUAUCAUUUCGUCUGGCAAAUAAAAGGCUGGAAGUCUGAAGUCAUAUAAAAAACUAAGUUCAUGUGAAGGUGAACCACAUGGUGUGUCUGCUGUGCAUACUUCAACACACUCAUCACAUCCAUUAAGAGCUGCACACAUUAUUAUGAAAAAACUGUCUAAUUCAGAAAAAUUCUCACAAUCGAAAGACACAUCGGUGUAAGACAC